AUGGAAGAACUCCAGCGAGCACCAGACCUGAGGAAGACAGCCAUGUGCAAAAACUUCUUGGCAACACAGCGUUGCGACCAGGAGGAUUGCACCUUCGCACAUAGUCUCGAUGAGUUGCGCGCCACAGACAAGUUCUACAAGACCACGAUGUGUUGCUUCUAUUACUAUGGAAGCUGCAAGCUUGGUGAACUCUGUCGCCAUGCCCAUUCCAAGGAAGAACUAAGGAGUCUUCCGGAUGUCCAGGGUUUGCCUGAGAGUUUAGCGUGCGCCCUGCUGAUCGAACAGAAUGGACGCACAGGAGAUUCUCGGGCAGUGCCUCGGACGCCUGGGCCACAAGAAGCUGAAGAACAACUGCAGGAGAUUGAAUUGCUCCGUCGCACCGUGAUGGAGGUGAAGCAACAGAUGGGCAAGUUACGUCCCAACGAGCCACGCAUGGCGGAGCUGCAACGCAGGGAGCACCAUUCCCUGAAUCGUCUUCAGCAGCUCACUGAGCUUCAGACCCUGCAGCGCUUCGCCGCCACGGCCUCCUCGGCGCCGCGUGCCCCGUUGCCGCCCGGUGGUUUGAUGGUUCCACCGGACGCAGUGGUUCCGCCAACGAUGGAUCGGAGGUAUUUGGAACAGCAGGAGCUACAGGAACAGAUGGAUCAACUGAAAAGACAGGGAGAACUGCAGGAAUUGCAUCAAUGGAAACUGCAACAGCAGCAACAGUUGCUGCAACAACAAAUGCAGCUGCACUCAUCUCGCUUGCCGAUGAAUGCGAACUUUCCUCCCGACCUGGGUAGAAGAAGACUUUGCGGCCAUUUAUGA